CCGCCGCCGCCCCCCGCCUGACGCACGGAGGGGCUGGGACAGCGACUGCCGGCAGUGACUGGAGCCGCCGCCGCCGCCGCCGCCGCCCGCCUGGGCCCGCCCGCCUCCCUCUCUCCCUUCCCCGCUUCCUUCAGUCCAGCGCUCCGCAGCAGCCCGCCACCCGAGCCGCCCAGGGAGGAUAGCCUUUACACUGGAAAUGUCAGAACAAAAAUUCCUAGCAAGGAGUUGAUAACCCAGGAUAGAAGUGAAGAAGUAAAUUGAAAUAUAAUGGAAGCUACAGUAAUAUUACCCAUUCUGAAGAAAAAACUAGCCUUCCUUUCUGGGGGAAAGGACAGACGAAGUGGCCUCAUUCUGACGAUUCCAUUAUGCCUCGAACAGACAAAUAUGGAUGAAUUGAGUGUUACUUUAGACUAUCUUCUCAGCAUUCCAAGUGAGAAGUGUAAGGCUAGAGGAUUUACUGUGAUAGUGGAUGGCAGAAAAUCACAGUGGAAUGUGGUGAAAACAGUUGUCUUGAUGUUACAGAAUGUUGUCCCAGCUGAGGUAUCACUUGUUUGUGUAGUAAAACCAGAUGAAUUUUGGGAUAAGAAAGUUACACAUUUUUGUUUUUGGAAAGAGAAAGAUAGACUUGGCUUUGAGGUUAUUUUAGUAUCAGCUAACAAAUUAACCCGAUAUAUAGAGCCCUGCCAGUUAACAGAAGAUUUUGGUGGAAGUCUUACCUAUGAUCACAUGGAUUGGCUAAAUAAGAGACUGGUCUUUGAGAAGUUUACCAAAGACUCUACAUCUUUACUGGAUGAGCUUGCUUUGAUCAAUAAUGGAAGUGAUAAGGGAAACCAGCAGGAGAAAGAAAGAUCCAUGGAUUUAAACUUUCUUCCAUCAGUUGAUCCUGAGACAGUUCUACAAACAGGCCAUGAAUUAUUAUCUGAAUUACAACAGCGCCGAUUUAAUGGCUCUGAUGGAGGAGUCUCAUGGUCACCCAUGGAUGAUGAAUUGCUUGCCCAGCCACAAGUCAUGAAAUUGCUAGAUUCUUUAAGAGAACAAUACACCCGUUACCAGGAAGUCUGUAGACAGCGAAGUAAGCGCACGCAGCUAGAGGAAAUUCAACAGAAGGUAAUGCAGGUUGUAAACUGGCUUGAAGGACCUGGAUCAGAACAGCUGAGGACACAAUGGGGAAUAGGUGAUUCAAUCAGAGCUUCACAAGCCUUGCAGCAGAAACAUGAAGAGAUUGAAAGUCAGCACAGUGAAUGGUUUGCAGUGUAUGUGGAGCUGAAUCAGCAAAUUGCAGCACUUCUGAAUGCUGGAGAUGAGGAGGAUCUUGUUGAAUUGAAAUCCCUACAACAACAGCUCAGUGAUGUUUGUUAUCGCCAGGCUAGUCAGCUGGAGUUCAGGCAAAAUCUGUUACAAGCAGCUCUUGAAUUUCAUGGUGUUGCUCAAGAUUUGUCUCAGCAGUUGGAUGGCUUAUUAGGGAUGUUGUGCGUAGAUGUAGCACCAGCUGAUGGAGCAUCGAUUCAGCAAACUUUAAAACUGCUUGAAGAGAAGCUGAAAAGUGUUGAUGUGGGAUUACAAGGUUUGCGUGAAAAGGGUCAAGGUCUUUUGGAUCAGAUCUCUAAUCAAGCAUCCUGGGCCUAUGGAAAAGAUGUAACUAUUGAAAAUAAAGAAAAUGUGGACCACAUACAAGGAGUGAUGGAAGAUAUGCAGCUUAGGAAACAAAGAUGUGAAGACAUGGUAGAUGUUCGAAGGUUGAAGAUGCUUCAAAUGGUUCAGUUGUUUAAAUGUGAAGAAGAUGCUGCCCAGGCAGUGGAAUGGCUAAGUGAACUCCUGGAUGCUCUACUUAAAACUCACAUCAGAUUGGGAGAUGAUGCUCAGGAAACCAAAGUUUUAUUGGAAAAGCAUAGAAAAUUUGUUGAUGUUGCACAGAGCACUUAUGACUAUGGGAGGCAACUGCUCCAGGCUACAGUUGUCUUGUGCCAGUCUUUGCGAUGCACUUCCCGGUCAUCUGGUGACACACUCCCUAGGCUGAACCGAGUGUGGAAACAGUUUACAAUAGCAUCUGAAGAAAGAGCACAUAGGUUGGAGAUAGCUAUUGCAUUUCAUUCAAAUGCCGAAAAGAUUUUGCAAGAAUGUCCAGAAGAGCCUGAAGCUAUUAAUGAUGAGGAGCAAUUUGAUGAAAUGGAAGCAGUUGGGAAAUCACUUUUGGAUAGAUUAACUGUGCCUGUAGUUUAUCCUGAUGGAACAGAACAGUAUUUUGGAAGUCCAAGUGACAUGGCUUCUACAGCAGAACAUAUCAGAGAAAGGAUGAAACUUGUUAAUCUGAAAAGACAGCAGCUGAGGCACCCAGAAGCUACCAUCACAGAAAGCUAAUAGAUAUCAUCUGAUAACAAGGCUUCAAUUUUGUAACCUGGCAUGUUCUCUGCAUACUUCAGCAUUUGAUAUAAUUCAUUAAAUGCAUUUCACAGCCAAUAUAAGCCUCAUUUUUCCCAGUAGACAUUGCUUUCUACCUGUUAACACUCUACAUCUACCAAGACAUAAUUAUUUAACAUGCUUUGAAACCAUAGACUCCCAAGUAUCUGAUGAGAAGGAACUAUCAACAUUGCACUGAAAACUUGCUCUAAAGCUUUAUCUGACCUGUCAGUUGCUAAAGGAGCAGCUGAUGUAAGCUUUGAAUGGUGCUAAUAAAAGUUCCACAAAAAAAAAUAGUUGCUCUCUUUCCCCAGGUGAUGUAGUAAAUUUAGGCUGUAGGUAAAUCGUUAUUUGUAGACAGUGGUGUCCUCAUAAUUUCACUUUAUAAUUCUUCAAAAUUGAUUAUUUUUAUUGUGCCAAUAUACAGCCAACCUAUAAGGUCUUUGAUAUAUCAGUCAUUAAGAAGACAUUUUUCCUAUUUGUAUUGAUAAUAUAUUAAAAGCUGUUUGUGCUUAAUUAAAGGCAUCUUUUAAAAAUCUUAUUUAAUUUGGUUGCUAUAUUCUAUUUCCAAAUGUGAGUGCCUUAUGUGAAGGGGCAUUCUUAAAGUUGAUAGACUUUUUUGAUUUAACCUGUUUAUAGUGUUGUUGUUUGCAUGUAUUUUAGCCAAGAAAAACUUAUAUGUAAGCAUGUACAUAAUAAAGAAGCAUGAUGAAAGUUUUAUGAUGAAAAUAAUUGUGAAGAACAGGCCUUCAAUUUUACAUCUUUAAGAAAUUGUUAUGAAUGGAAUUCUCAUAAUUUUAUUAUCAAAUGUCAUUUGUCUCCUUUCAAAUAGAUAGUUCCUAAAGUAAUGUUUUAAUUUUUUUCUUUUCCAAAUUAAAAAAAUCCAAAUCAUUGACUCUUAUUUACUCCAACUGAAAAUAUGUAUUCUUAAAAAAAAAAAGAUUACAUCAGUAGAGCAUAUGUCAGUAUUUAUCCUUUACUUAUAUUGAAAUUGCUAAUAAAUUGUGAUUUCUCAUAAUAGUGAGGCAGGACAAUUUCUUAAAAUAGUCUAGUAAUCAAAACAUUCUUUUCAUACCUCCUUACUGUAAAAUUUAUUUUCCAAUAAAGUUUAUAAUAAUGAUA